CUGUGAAAUCGUAGCGGAAGCGGAGAACUAGCCGACAAAAUAUGGCGUAUGUUUUGUUUGUGUGCGCGAGGAGGAUGGUUACGCGCGGAGCGUACGGUAGCGGCUGUAAGGUUUAGGGCUUGUUAUUUUGCGACCGCGAAAGAACGAGAAGCGGGAAGCGAGGGAUCCGCAUGAGUCCGGGCGCAUGAGUGGUGCGUGAUCGUCGAGCGAUGAACGCGACGAGCCUGUACGUAUCGACGUGUCGGCUGGUGCUGCAGGCGGACGCCGAAGAUCCUAACUCCUGGACGGAUCUCUAUAGACUGGUGCCGUAUCUGCGACAGAGUCUCAGCUGCACCGUCUGCUCGAAUCUGCUGAUCGAGCCGCACACGCCGACCGAGACCAACUGUCAACAUCACGUGUGCCGCGGCUGUCGCGGCGGCCGCAAGAAGCUCAAGCCGUCAUGCGGCUGGUGCAAGGACUACGACAAGUACGUGGAGAACGUGCAGUUGCGGAUACUGUUACAAUGCUACAAGAAGCUGUGCGAGUAUCUAACCAGCACUGGUAUCUAUCGCACUCUGUUAAUCACCGUCACGUCCGCGACCAAUGCCACUACCAAUGCACCGUCGACCAUCGGUGCCACCAGCCUGAUGGAGCUUAUCCAGGAAGGCGCAGGCUUCAAGGACGAAUUCAAGAGCAACGCCGGCCUGUCCAAAUCCGCUUACAGUAUCCUACCAUGCGUUUACACCAGCACUACCUCCACGCAGACACAAGCGAAUAGCAUUCAGACCACCGAGGCGAUAUCUCAGAGUAUACCUGAAUCACCGACGAUUCGUACGGUAUCAAAUGGAUCUUCUAUAUAUUCUGUGAUGUACGCUGGGUCUGGUAAUAAAAUUACAAUAAAACGGAAAGCGGCAGCUACAGAAGACACCGAAAACACUGGCCAACAGGAAACUGAUGGAAGUCAGCACAGCACUGUAGGAGGGGUAAAAUGCAUUCCGUCUUCCCACCUUAAAUAUGGGACCCCUUCUGAGAAAAAAUCUUCAAAGAGCAACAAACAGUCCUCUGGCAAUUUUAAAAAGCCAAGAUCAAGUUCUGCUAGAAGUAAAAGAAAAGGAUGCAGAUGUGGUAAUGCCACCGCAAUACCGGGGAAACUUACCUGUUGUGGUCAGAGGUGUCCUUGUUAUGUCGAAAGUAAACCUUGUGUGGAGUGUAGAUGUAGAGGUUGCAGAAAUCCUCAUACGGCAGAUGGAUUAAAGAUCCGUCCACAUAUACCUGAACUUCAUAAUUUACAAUUACAACUAUCCACUUCUUUGGAUUGCGACGCGCUAAGUGGAGAUCCUCUAGGAUCUGUGCCGCAGUGUCUCUCGACGUCUCCUACAACGAUACAAGUGUUAAAUGUAUAUUCUACUCCGAGAUUAGAUAUUGACAAUGUACCUCAGAACUUACCCGCUGCUUUGUUAGUGGGAGAAGAUGCUAUGGUAAGUACUGAAAGUGAAGCGGAAGACAGUGACAUACAAAUCGAUGCGUGACAAAAUAUUUAAAUGGACAUCCUGAAGGAUCGUAUCGUACCAGUGAUCAUCGAAGUGUGACAAGUGCGCGUCUUAACAAGGAGAGACACAUGUAAAUAGCUCAAUUAGAACGAAAUAAAAAGAAACAAUUACGAAAAUCAAAAACAAUAAUAAAUUUGCAAGGGUAAAUUAAUUUAGAAAUAUCGAAUAUGAAAAAGACGGUUUUUACGUAUGGUAUACUAUAUUUGAAUAUUUGUAAAUAUUUCAAUAUAAUGUAAUGUAAAUGCAAAUAUUUAAUUGGAUGCUUAAUCAUGGUAACAGUCAAUUUUGCCUGUAACAUUAAUCACUGUUAUGAUUAGCAUCUAUUGGCUUGUUAUAUACGUUAGCGCUUCUAAAAUUAUACGAAUUUUUGUAACAUUGUUACGAAACAUUGUUCGGUUAAUUGUAUAGUAUAAAAGGCAAAUUUUAUAGAGUAUGAAAACGUUUUUUACGUUUUGGUUAUACAUUAUGAUUUCAAUAAUUUGAAUAAUAUACAAAUAGGUUUCAUACUGAUUAUUUAUGAGAAUCGAUUGAAAUAACGCGAGUUAAAUUAAAAUAUACGAAAGCUGAAUUAACGCGUCGGUAUCUCAUUCAACUUGCCAGUUGUACAUACAAUAACAAAAAAAUCGUUAUCUAUUUUGCAUACUUUUUACAAUCUUGAAAUAUAAAAUGCAGAGCAUGAACAGCAAUCUGUUAAAUUAUUUUACAAUUUAAGAUUGCAUCGAAACAAUGAUAAGUAAACUGCGCAUACUAACAGAACGUCUAAAUAAUGUGAAACGUGAGGUCUAUACGUAAUACGAAUUGUAAAAUUUGUUUUUCUUAUAGGGGGUGCGUUCGGAGAGACGCUAUUAACGCUACCAGCAUCAGUCCAUCUUCAUUACUCAUUAAAAGUAGAACAAGGAUAAACUGAUGCUGAUAGCGCUAAUAGCGUCUCCCCGAACGCACCCAGGGAAUCACAAAUAUAUUAGAUAAACAUGAGGUUUUUAUUUGCCUAAAAUUUAAAAUUGAAAACAAUUUUAUAGCGUUACUGUCAGAGUUGGAUUUAUCGGUGGGCACUAUAGGAAUCGGCCUAAAACAUAAAUUUUUCACUAUCUUUAAUAUAUAUUAAAAUUUUUAAUAAAUAUAAAAAUAAAUAUAAUUUUGUUGUAUCAUAUUAAAAAAAGAAUAAGAAUUAUUUUUGUAUGUGCAUUUAAUAAUUUUUGCUCUCUUUAAUUAAAUAUUUUCUUUCAAUAUUAGUUACAAUUUAAGUUAUAUCAAGUAAAAAAGAGGACAUUUAAACAAAUUAGCAGAUUAUAUAUAUUUGUUUAAAUACUACUCCUCUUUUUACAGCAAAAAUGUAUUUUUUUUCAGUACACAUAUAUAAUAUACAGGUGCAUGUAAUGUAUAUGUAAGUGAAUAAUUCUUUUGAGUGGUACUAUUCAUGUGCCUACCGACUGCAAACGGUUAUCCGACUCUGAUUAUUGUAUAUAUUGCAUAACAUUAUCUUUUUAUGUAUCUCAUGUUAAAGAUUUAUAAGUUGGAUCUAAAAACAUUUCUUAUUUUUAUUUGUUAAAUUAUUUAUAACUUUUGGUAUAGAGAUCUGUAGAAUAACAAUAUAUUAUAGCAAAUUUCGAAAUAUUAUUCUAAUCACGCGAGUAUAAUUGAAUGUGUUAAACAUUAAUGCAUACGAAACAUUAGUACAAAAUUAUUAAAUAUGUGUAGGAUAUCUUUUAUUUUUGCGUACAAAUGUGAGUGUGUGUGUACAAGUGUGUAUAUACAUGGGCUCUUUUAGAGCAUUUGUGAAUCCAUCAAUUGUUAUUUGUAAUCGCACUUAACUACAAAUAGCAUACAUUUUUCUCUUAAUCCUUUCACAAUAGUUAACAGUAGGAUACUUUCACAGUAUUUAACUGUGCGAUCUCAUAGCUAUCUGAUAGUAGUGUGCGAUAAGAAAGUUCAUUGAUCGUGCAAAGAAAAAAAUUGUGAAGUAAAUGCACGAGCGUAUAGACUAAUUCCUCUUUAAAUAAAAAAUGAAAAGAUUGGUACAUAGCACGUGAUCACAUACACGUUAUAUAAGGCAAUAUACAAUAUUAAAUCUCAACAUAAGAUAAAAUUAAUAUAUAUCCUAUUUUUAUAUGUAUGAAAGUUAAUAUUAUGAAGUUGUAUGCUAUUUUACCAUUUUAAUUUAUAUAGCCUAUAAUUUUUAAAAUCACACAAAUAUACAAAAUGAAUUAAAUGUUUGUUAAUUUUGUCUUAUGUAAAGCUAGCGGAAAAAAAUUAGGAAUAUAUUUGAAUGAUUUAAAGAUUUUUAAACCAAUUGAAAAGAAUUAUAAUUGCUUAAAAUUAAUAUUAAAAUUAAUAGUAAAAUCUCAAUGCAUUUUAAUCAAUAUUGCACAUUGACUAUGUUUUACGUGUACAUAUUAAAAUAACAGUUGGGACCUAGCUACAGCUUAAAUGACAACAUAUUUGAGGAGUGACUUCUAAAAUAUUACAUCAAAUGAUCACACACAAUGAUCAUGUAAUCAUUGAUAAAUGCAUAAUAUUUGUAGCAAAAAGACAUUUAUGAUAUAAGUCAUUUACAUAUUCCAAUAUUUAGUUGGAGAAUUAUUUUCCUAUUGCAUAAGAUAUAUUAUGAGUUAUAUUUCGAAUAGAAUUUAUUUUGACACUUCUAAUAUAAACAUCCAAAAAGAACACUUUUUAAUGUUUUAAUGUAAUAGAAACAAUCGAAGUUUGAAGUAAAAUUACGUGUAGCGAAUUAAUUAGAAAGUUACUCCUCAAUAGAAGUUUAAUUAUUCACAAUAUUUAAAUGCGAAACAUUGUAAAAUGCAAUCACUUCCCGAAAGACGGAUAUUUUAUUCGAGCGUAUGUAAUAUAUACAGUGUUUGUUAAUAUUUCUUUUGUUACUCAUAAACUAUUAAUAUAUCAUGUACAUUAUGGAGUUAAGGGACAUAUGUUUCAAUUGUGUAACUUAUCAGAUAAUGUUGAAACUUAUCUUUUAAAAAAAGAGAAAAAAGAAAAUGCGAGUUGCAUGUUGUCUCAUGACAUAUACAGAACUAAUAGAAUAAAAAUAUUUUACAUA